AUCGCAGCCGUCAAAUGGCGUUCAACUAUAAGGCCCGAGUUGACAUGCGACCGUGGACUGUGCGGCGCGUUGUUUUCAUGAAGCGUGGAUUUAUGUGUUUCGUGAUACUUAUUUAAUUAGAAUUGCAGAAAAAUUAGAAUCCAAAGAUAAUCAAAAAUGAAUCUGCCCAUUUUACUAUGGAUAUUGCAAGCUAUUUGGAUAAAAGCUGUACGUGGUGCGCAACAAUUUGAAAUGAAACCAACCGAUGUGGAGGUUAACCCUGGAGAAGCUGCCACGUUGACGUGUAAAAUCCAUAAUCGCCAAGGCGAAUGUGCAUGGCUCAAAGAUGGAAGAGUAAUGGGAAAAAUAGAUGACAAGUAUGACUUCAUGAGGGAACCAGCGGAUGGAGAUUGUAGUAUACGCAUCCGAAGUGCAAAGAUUGAAGAGGAUGAUGGCAUGUACCAAUGUCAAGUGACGCAGAUAUCACUCACCGAACCUACAUUAACAGCCCCUGAGGUCAAGUUUACCGUUAGAGAACCACCAAUGCCUCCUCGCAUCGAGGACAAUACGAAUGUCCUUCCGCCUGGGGAACCUUAUCCUACCCAAGCCGGCAAAUUAAAGAGAUUGCACUGCAUCUCCCGAAAAGGCAAUCCACCUGCAAAGCUUAAAUGGUUCAUUGAGGACACAGAUAUCACCACAAUGUCCAAUCAGACAAACACUAGUGAUCCGAACAAACCCAAGACUUCGCAAGCAAUCAGUGUCCUGGAUUAUGUAUUCCAGAAGGAUCACAAUGGGAAGAUGUUGAAAUGUGUGGCCAUCCACGCUGCCUACGAAACGUUGACGAAGGAAAUUAAAUUGCCCCUCGAAGUGCUGUAUCCCCCAGACAUUCACUUAGAAGGUCAACCUGUAAAAGACAUCGAAGAAGGCGAAACAAUAUCAGUAAAGUGCGUUGCUGAUGCUAACCCACAAGCGAGUGUUAUAUGGAAGAAAUCAGGAUAUUCUAGUAUUUAUGCUCUUAAAGACAAAAUUGAAUUCAUGCCAGUUAAAAGAUCAGAUUCAGGAAUUUUUAGCUGCUCUGCUUCAAAUGAUGUGGGUCUAAGUCAAGAGCUAGAAGUUAACAUAGACGUUAAAUUUAAACCUCAAAUUUUGAAAGUUUCUCCUAAUCCUGGCGCCAAAGUAACCGUGUAUCACAAUACAACUUUAGUUUGUGAAGCUGAAGGAAACCCACCUCCGAAGUAUUCAUGGUUGCAAAAAAUGGGAGGUGAUCCAAUUGCAUGGCAACAAAGAGGAAAUACAGCAGUUCUCCAUAUUCUAAAUGUAACCUAUCAAUAUCAAGGGCAAUAUGUCUGUGAGGCAUCCAAUAUGAUAAAUGGGCAUCCAUACAAAUCUACAUCUUCGGAAAUCACACUUGAUGUUACGGGUGCUCCACAAGUAUUAACGGAUACAGCUCGAACGAAAAAACGGGUAGUCGUUGAAAAAGAUGAAGAUGCAAUCAUAGCAGUAUACUUUUGUUCAGAUCCUAGUCCAAGAAGAACCUAUUGGGAAUGGGGCAGCAUUAAAUUAGAUUCGGGUGAAGGUCACAUACGGUACAUUGCAGAAAACUUACACAAUGACGAUGGGGCCAGAGACUGUUAUGAAGCCCGCCUAAUAGUAAGAGGUGUUGAUGGUAGUGAUUCCAGAAAAUAUACGCUCAAUGUAGAAAAUGAGAGAGGCAGUGAAGCAUUUGCUGUUCUCUUGGAAGUCAGAGAACCUGUUGCUAUGUCUGUUGUAAUAGGUAUCGUUGUAGGCUGUAUUAUACUUCUUCUCAUCAUUACUUUAGUUAUUCUUUAUCUUCUAAAAGCUGAAAGAAUGUGCUUCAAUCGCACAAAACUUGCUUCAGUACCUCUCACGCAAGAUGAAGAGAAUCGAGCAGAAAUACGAACACCCGUCCGGAAAUCUUAACCUAUAACUAUUGAUAACUGCGAGUGUGAAACUAUCUAUAAAUCAUAACUGUUACUGAAAAAUGAAUAAUAUUUUUCGGUUCAUAAUUUAAAUGGAAGAAACGAGUUGUUCAUCAAGUUCUUGUCAAUGUGUGUCAACAAAUGUUUUUGAUGUUGAACUAUACAUCAAGUCUGGUAAUCAAUAAUGGUAAAUAAAUUGAAACGAAGCUUAUUACAGUUUCUGAAAAUUUGAUUCACUAACUAAACUAUCUUGCUGUUAAAAAAGAAUAAAAAAGUUACGUAAACGAAUGGCUUCCGGGUCUACAGAGCUUCAAGCUAGUUUAUGCUAUCAGAGGACAAUAAAGCAAGUAUUCGGGCAAGAUUAAAGUAAGAUUAUCGUGUACCGACGGAUAAUAAGUUGGUAUACAGUUGUUUGAUACUGUAAAUGCACAUUUAAAAACAUUAUUUGGAUUCGAACAAAGUGGAAAUUACUAUUAGAGCUUACGAUGAAUAUGACUAUCUGUAAUACGUUCAUUCUUAACUUGAUAAUUUUCGACUAUCCUAAACUGUUGAAAAGUCGAAACGCAACAAGUUAUUGAAACAACUGACUGUGGAACAGUGCUUCAAGUAGCUGCUUGACUGACUGAACUUUCCCUUAAAUCUAUUUUGUUUUUCUUUGUGAGUUUGGAAUAGCGUCGGGCCUCCACAAAAUAAAAAAAAAUCGUAUAACCGCACUGUAAAAAAGUAAUAAAUAAUUAAAAACUGUAUUGCUACUAGAAAAUCUCUAGGAAACAGGGAUUCCAUUAAUUUUCUAAUAAUGUUACUGCAUUAAAAUGCAAUAAUGUAAUGUGUUGAUCUCAAUAAAAUCUUCGCAGACAAAACUUCACGUAGACGAAACUUAGCGUAGACAAAACUUAGCGUGUACUAAACUUCGCACAAACAAAUUCUAAAGUGAAUAAUUAACAUUAAAGUAUAAUUAAUUUAUGCAUUAAUUUUAAUAAAUUCAAAUUCAUAAUUAACUUAAUUUUAAUAAAAGUAAAAAUGUUAAAUUUUAUAUUUUUAUAGAUAAUUGAAUGAUGUUUAACAUAUAAUAAUAAGUGCAUACUUAUUUGCAUAGUUUCAAAAGAUUUAUUGAUCAGUGAAAGAUUUAAUAAAAAUGUAUCACAUUAAAAAUUUUUAAGAAUUUUAAACAGUUUUUUCUAAUUGUUCAAUAAACUUUCGUAAAAGAAUUUUUAGUCAAGGGAGAGUUAAAAAAAUUUUAACUUGCACAGUGGGUGGUGAGCUUUAAAAAAGUUUAAAAAUGUAUGAUUUACCUCAAGCAAAAUAAUUUUUUUAUUAAAAAUUAAUUUGUUCAUUAGAGUGUAUAAUCCGCUCUGGGAAAUAGCUGAAAAGUAAACUCAGUCACCACUCCCCCUCGAAAAAGAAACUUUCUAUCAGUUCUACAUUUCAUAAAAAGGUCUUCAUUUGUGAAAUUUUAAAUAAAUGAAAUUUUGUACCCUCGAAAUUAUGGAUCGAUGGAGUUUUUUACUCGGGUAGUUAGUUAUGUAUCAGCGAAGUUUUGUCCAGCGAAGAUUUGGCCACAAAGUUUUAACCACGAACCAAUAAUGUUACGAGAAAAGUUUAUAGAAUUCAAGUUUUCUAGAGAUUUUCUAGCAAUGCACUUUUUUUUUACAGUACGAAUAUUAUUCAGUACUAACAAGCAAUUUAAUGAUUUGGAGAUAAAUAAAUCCUGGACAAAAUUUAGGGUAGACAAAAUAUCAUGCCUAGACAGAAACUAAAGUGAUAGAAUGUUAUUGGAAGAGUAUCUCGCUUAACCAAAUUGUCAAUUAGAGCGAUUUUCUCGCGAUAAAUACUAUUUAACAUUGAUUCAUUUCACACCUUUUUUUUUGGCACUGUUAAUCGAUUUUUAGAGAAAAACUUUAGGAAAUAGAGGAAAGGUUGCAACAAACAAUGUAAAAAACUGUGUUAUUCAAAAAAUACUAAUAGUUUAUCUAAAUUAAAACAAGAGUACGUUGUAAAAAUUAGACGAGUUGAGCCUGGGUUUGAUAAGGGUUCGUUAUAUUUAUUAAAAAUUUUCGGGUUCACUUUCAUUCUUUAUUAAUAUUUUUAAGCUAACCAGAUAUAUAAAAUCGGUUUGCAGUAAUAUAAAAAAAAAGAAAUUUGGAUCUAUUAAAUUAAGAAGUUUUAAAUGUUAUGUUACAAAAAUUGUAAUAUAUCUAAUAGUGUAUCUUAUAGAUUUUCAAAAAUUGAUAUUUUGAUAUCUUUUAGUUAAGAACUGGAGCGUCCAUCUGUCAUAUUGAAAUUUGAACUCGGUAAAGUGUAUACAAAAAAAAAUGAAAAUCGAUUAAGGAAAUAAUAUUCAUUCGAGCUUCCAUUAAAAAUAUUCGUAAGCAUUAAAAAUAAUAUAUGGUUCCACAAUUUUGUGACCAAUAUAGUAAUUUUGCCCACGAUUCUAGCAACGUUUUUAGCAUCGCGUAUUUCCCACCUUUAUUUCCUUGUAUAGUUGGUACUUAUUGAUCUGAAGCUGUGUGAACUUCAAGACGCAACCGUUGUUUUCACAAUCUUCGUUUUGUAACACAUGAGUUACAAAACGAAUGUAACACACAAGUUUACGAUACUUCGGUUCGCUAAGGAUUUGCAUAAACGAGAAUUUGUCUGUAUGAUAUUGUGUCUACUUUAAUCUUUUUUUUUUAUUCGAUAACGCAAUAAUAUGUUAUGCUUUGAGCUAGAAAUGCAUUCCUGCAACUAGAGGAGAUAGGAAGUGAUUAUGCCUAACCAUGGGAUUAAAAUCAAAUUUAAUUGGUUACCUGUUCGUGGCGUCACGCAUGUGAAUCGAAGCUAAUUGGCUUCUGAAUCAUCAAAUACGAUGAUUUACCUACAAUGACGUCACUUCUACGCAUCCAAUCACCCACCACUUAAGUAUUUUAUUAGCCAAUCGCGAGCUUGUAAUUGAAUUUGUGGAGGCCCGAAAAUUCAUAUCCAAUAUUCUAUCUACGAAAAAAAGCUGUAUUGUGUAAAUAAUUCAAUGUUUUAUUGGGAUUUUAAAUUGUUUUUCGCCUAUUGUGCUACUUUUUUUCUCAUCGCCAGCAGCAGUGUGAUAUUAAAUUUUUGUAAUUUGUAAAAAUAUUAUGAAUCAUUGGUUUGUUAUAUAUGCUUUAAUGCUAUUGCUUUGCUGUGUUAUUUAAAACUACGUUUUAUUGUUCAUAUAUUGCUUUGGGUGUUAUAUCAUGUAACUGUUAGAGCUAGCCAAUGUUUCCUUUAUGUGAAAGUAAAUAUAUUACAUCAGAAAAUUAAUUAAACACAUAUGUAAAACGCUAAGCGAUCAAUAAUUUUACAAUGAAACAUUUUAAUUUAUAAUAAAUUUUUUAUAUUAAUACUAAUCUUAAAAUUUUAUCAGUCGAAUAUUUUUAAUUAAUUUUUACCUGCUUUUUCAUUUACAGAAUUUAACUAAAGCAGUUUCUGAUAUUUUAAAUUAUAUCCGUUCUUAUAGAUUUUCCAAUUUAUAUUUAUUGCAUCUUUAGACUAAGUGUAAUCGUAUGCUUUAUAAUUUUAUUUUUUUAAAGGAACCCCUUUUAAUUAUUCUAUAAAAGCAGUUUUUGAAAUAUUCAUUUAGUGUAUGAUAUUUAUUAUAAUAUAAAAACGAUGUUUGAAACUAUAAUUAUAGAUCUUUUACUCAUAUAAACAGCAAAGCAUAUGUAUGAUACAUGAUUCAAAAUUUAAUAAUGAAAAAUGCUUGUAAGUAAAAUAUUAUAUAAAUGUAAAUACAACGUAAAAAUUCAUUAUAAAAUUGGGUGUUUUGUACAUGUUGAAAAUUGUUUUAAGAAACUUGUUUGUUCAAUAUUGUAACCUAACAUUCAUAAGUGUGGUGAAGAAGUUGUUACCCUUGUACAUAGCAACCGUUGAACUGUUAAAUGUUUUGAAUUAAAAAAUGUUUAUGAAAAGUAA